AUGAGUCGAUUUUCUAAGGAGGCAACAGAUCGAAACAACAACAAUCAUUCCAUUGUAAGACUUGGAUUUCCUUCUAUUUCAACAACUCAUGGUAAAAUUCCAAUCGAUGUUGCCGUGCGAAUCGCCUGCGAGGUUAUAAAAGAAUUUUUAAACAAUCACCACGACGAUCAAGAUUUUGAACUAAUUCUAGUCGAACAAGAUAAUAAUGUUGCAAAAGCUUUUGAAUUGCGAUGGGAGACGUGUAGGGAUAAUGGAGAAUCAAGGUUUCAGAUAAAAAAUGGAAACUUGAACAGAAUGAAAAGUGAUGUUGGAAUGGUGUGUAGAUACGUUGUUCACGAAACAACUUGGCGGUUAAAGCCUGAUACUACGACCUUAGGCAAACAGUUAUAUGAAGCGAUAGGCCCCAAGCUGUCUGACGAGAUAAAACGACAAUAUCCCAAUACUGGCGUUGUUGGCGAAUCCUAUCCUGUGCCCCUACCGUUGGACUUGCAUUACAGAGAAAGCGAAGGUGUCGAGCAG